UAAACUUGAACUCCAGUCCUGUUCAGUUUGGUUCAUUUCAGAUUUACAUCCAGUUUGUUUUGUAAAGUAGGGAAAGUUGGAGGUGCUAUUUGGCAGCAUGUCAGAUCACUGUUUCAUCAGAUUUUAAAGUACGGACCAGAAAGACACUCAGAUACACUGUUUAUCAGCUGCAAAAUCUGAUGGUUUACCUCCUUCACAUUUCAGUGACUUUAUCCUCAACACAUCAGUAAUGGAGCAGCGUCUAUUCAUACUCCUGAUUUUCACAGGAUUCAUCCCUCUCAUCCUGUCCAUCUCUCGUCAGUACUAUCUGAUCCAGCAGGGGAAAACCUGGAGUGAUGCUCAGGCUUACUGCAGAGCCACAUACACUGACCUGGCGAUCAUCGACAGUAAUGACAACAUGGUCCGACUUCAGAAUGAAGCACAGAGACAACAAUUCAGUUCCAGUGCUUGGAUUGGACUCUACAAUCCCAUCAACAGCUGGCGCUGGUCCAUGGGAAAUGAACCACUGGGGACUACGUGGUGGUAUUCAGGUCAACCCAAUAAUAUUGUUGGACAUGACGAGUGUGGUGCGAUUGGUCCCUGGGGUUGGAAUGAUCUGGACUGUACUUCACUACACUCCUUUGUCUGUUUUGAUGUCAGUAAAACUGGAAAUCAGAGGUACAUUUAUAUUUCUACUACUAUGACAUGGCUUGACGCUCAGACUUACUGUAGGCAGCAUAACACAGACUUGGCCAGCUCGAGAAAUGCAACUGAAGAAUCAGUGAUACAGGGACUGACCUCUGGCUGGACUUGGUUUGGUCUGUUCAGAGACUCCUGGAAGUGGACAGACCAAACUAACUUCUCUACCAUCAGCUGGAUGUCUGGAAAACCAGAUAAUGCCCUGAAGAAUGAAAACUGUGGUUAUAUAAAUAACAGUCAGGCUGUUGAUGCUCAGUGCUCAGACAUAAUGCCUUUCUUUUGUUACGCAGAAAUCACAGGACAACAACAAAUACUAAGAGUGAAGGUCCAAUCCAAAGAGGAUGUGAAUGAUCCUGCAGUGAUGACGGCCAUCUUGGAGCAGAUCAAAGAGAAACUGAAGGAUCUUUUGAAGACACAGAACAUCACAGUGAAAUGGCGAAAACAACCAGAUGGAGUUGUGUUUAACAAGCUGAAAGGAAAAAAUAUACUACCGUAG